GGUGGCCAGGGUGCCGGUGAGCCCCCCCCCAUCUACUCGGUGCGCUUCGAUGGAGGACCACAUGACGGGGGGCACAACAAGGAGAAGCGUUAUGUGUGUGACGUAUGUGGCAAGGCCUGGCAGUACCCGAGCCAGCUGGAGAUCCACCGGCGGGUUCACACAGGAGAACGCCCCUUCGACUGCGCGGAGUGCGGCAAGAGCUUCAAGAUGGCGCAACAGCUGAAGAUGCACCAGCGGAUUCACACUGGCGAGAAGCCCUAUGGCUGCUCUACCUGCGGCAAGAACUUUGUCCAGUUUGCGGGACUGCGGGAUCACCGGCGGGUGCACAGCAGUGAGCGGCCCUUCACCUGCUCUGACUGCGGCAAAGGCUUCAAGUCGCCACCAGGGCUGAAGAAGCACAGGCGCCUGCACACCGGGGAGCGGCCCUACACCUGCACCGAAUGUGGCAAGGGCUUUAUCCAGUCUGGCGUCCUGCUGGAUCACCAACGCACUCACACCGGCGAGCGCCCCUACACCUGUGCUCACUGUGGCAAGGGCUUCACCCACUCUAGCAUCCUGCUGAUGCACCAGCGCACCCACUCCGGCGAGCGACCCUACACCUGCACCCAGUGCGGCAAGGGCUUCAUCCGCUCCGACAACCUGCUUGUGCACCAGCGCACACACACCGGCGAGCGCCCCUACACCUGCGCUCACUGCGGCAAGAGCUUCACCCAGUCCCACAGCCUGCUGGAGCACCAACGCACCCACACUGGCGAGCGACCCUACACCUGCACCCAGUGCGGCAAGAGCUUCACCAAGUCCGGCAACCUGCUGAUGCACCGGCGCACCCACACCGGCGAGUGUCCCUUCACCCGCUCCUCCAAGCUGCUGUCCCACCAGCGGGUGCACGCCAGUGGCCAGCCUUACGACUGCCCGUACUGCGGUGAGGAGUUUGACAGCUCGCGGGGGUUGCGGCAGCACCGGCGGACCCAUGCUGGCGAGGAGCUGCUCCCACUGUGACCAGAGAGCACGGGGGCUGCGGGAGCACCAGCGGAUACGCACCGGAGAGAGACCCUUUGUGUGCGCUGAGUGUGGCAAGGGUUUUACCCGCAUGUCCAGCCUGUGGCAGCACCGGCGUAUCCACAGUGGUGAGUGUCCCUUCCCCUGCCCGUCCUGUGGUAAGGGCGUCACCCGCCUUGACCACCUGCUGGAGCACCGGCGAGUCCACACCAGCCGGCGCCCCUUCACCUGCCCGCUCUGUGGCAAGGCCUUUGCCUGCUCCUCCAGCCUGCUGGCACAUCACAACGUGGAUAGGCGCUGUUUAGGUAGAUACAAAACGCUCGAAGGAAAGAUGCUCCCUGUCCCGCUGAGUUACUCCUGCAUUUUGUGUCCUUUUUUGUAAACAACAUCUGCAGUUCCUUGUUUUUAAAUCAUUCUGGUUAACCAUCUCCGCACCUUCCCCAAAGCCUCAACAUCAGUCCUGUAAUGGAGUGACCAGAACUGUAUGCAAUACUCCAAAUGCUACCUGACCAAUGUUCCUUAAAGCUGCACAUAUACAUUCCUCCACACUCCUCCCACUCAUACACAAAUUCUCUCCACUCCACCCUCUCGUGCCCCCAUCCUCUCACACACUCCCUCUCUCGCACACUCGCUCUCUCACACACACACAACACUCCCCCUCAUUCUCUCUCUCACACACAACAGCCCCCCCCCCUCUCUCUCACACACACACAAACUCCCUCUCUCUCUUGCUCUCCCUCACACACACACACACUCUUUCACUCACACACCCUCAUGCACAAACACCAAACAUCUCCGCUCGGUUUGCAAUAACCAACCUAAUCUCCCGGUGGGCUCAGCACUUCAACUCUCUCUCCCAUUCCGAAUCCAACUUUUUUUGCCCUGGGCCUCCUCCAUGGCCAGUGUGAGGACCACCGUAAAUUGGAGGAGCAGCACCUCAUAUUUCACUUGGGCAGUUUUCACCCCAGCAGUAUGAACACUGACUUCUCCAAUUUCAGGUAGCCCUACUUUCUCCUCAGCUCUCCCUCAGUCCACUGGCUCCAUUUCUUCCUUUCUUCUUCCCGCCUCCCUCACCCUCACAUCAGUUUGAAGAAGGGUUAAGACCUGAAAUGUUGCGUAUUUCCUUCGCUCCAUAGAAGCUGCCUCACCCACUGAGUUUCUCCAGCAUUUUUGUCUCCCUUCGAUUUUCCAGCAUCUGCAGUUCCUUCUUAGGCAUUUGAAAGUGUUUUUUUAUUUAAUUAAAGUUUUGACGUAUUUAUGCCUUACGUAACAAAUAAAGCAAAUUUAUCCUGACCUCACUGUGAAAUGAUUUUAUUUGGUCCGUGAAUUAAAAAUGGAGAUUUGCUGAAAAACAAAGCAGUCAAAUUUAAAAGAGAAUUUUCCCAGCAGAAUAAAUCCCGGGAA